UUUUUUUGCAAGUGCUUUAGAAAAGCCAUACAAACAACCCACAUUUGCAACAACUAUUGCACAUUUUACUACCACUACAAACAUGGAUCAGGCUGUAUGUACAAUGUACUACUCCACACACAUCUCUGGAACGUGAACACAAAAACAUGUCGGUGGAGACACUUUUACUUAGACCAAGAUAAAAAGUUACAAAAUGCCAUGUGGCAGAACAGUGUAAUUUUUUUCUCUCCUUCUUUUAUCACUGCCUUUUAAUGAAUAUCAGUAGUCUCAUUUCUCUUUCAGCUAGGGUGGUUCAAGCAUUGCUACAUCGGGGGUAUUUAAAUUGAUGUUUUAUGUUUGAGUGAUUAAUUUGCAAGGUGCUAUGUGAUUUGAAGCAUUAGAAUUGCAACAUUUACAGCUCUGUGUCACUCAGAAUGCCUGCCUGCUCCAGGCAGGGCUGAGGCAGAUGUCUCUAUUGUGUGUGAUUUCGGCUGUCUCUGUCCAAUGGCUCUUGUGCUACUGUUACAGAAAAUAAAGGAAGACAAAAAGUAAACUUCACAUCUGGCACUGUUUGCAGUCUGAGAAUUGCAGAGUAUACUAAGAAAGGUAACUGUAAGAAGAAAAACUUCACAAUCACUUUUAGCACACACAGCCUGAAAACUUCCCUCCAGUUUCUUAAGCGGAAAAUCUCCGAAGUUAUUCUACAUACUCUAAAUGAAGCCUUUCUUCUGAUGCAGAAGAUCACCCCUUUGAGCAGUGCUUGUCUGGGCUUCCUGCAUGCUGCCUGUCUGGGAGAGAGAGUACACAGGCAAAAGUGGACCUCACCUUGCUAAAGUACCUUGCUUAAGAACACAGCUUGGCUACAUUCAUCACAGCAGUGAUACUAUCAAACAGAAAUGUGUUUAUAGUUUUUUGACUUUGAACCUGUAGACUGUAACUAUUUCUUCCUGUACAGACCAAACUGUGAGUCAGGUGAGAAAGAAAAGGUGAGAAGAAUCAUUUUGUGGAGCAGCCUGUCUUAGUAAUAAUGGGGGAGGUUAGGACAACUAUUACAUUAACGGGGGUGUCUCAGUUAAGCAUCUUAAUGAGUUUUUGGACUCAUUCUUCACCAGCAAGUGCUCUAGCCAUGCUGCCCAAGCUGCAGAAAGGAAAGCCUAGGACUGAAACAAUGAAGAACCCUCCAGUGUAAAAGACCAGAGUUGAGGCCAUCUAAGGAACUUGAAGGGCACAAGUCCAUGGGACUUGAUGAGAUGUGUCUAUGAAUCCUAAGGGAACUGGUGGAUCAAGUUGCCAUCCUAUUUAAGACAUUGUGGCAUAAUCCUCAUUUUUUAAAAUGGAAAAAAGUAAGAUGUGGGGAACUAUAGGCCAGUCUCUCUCAACUUCGUGCCCAGCAUAUCAGGGAUCAUAGGGCAGAUCAUCCUGGAAACUGUGCUAAGGCACACGGAGAACAGAGAGGUGAUUGGUGAGAGCCAGCAUGGCUUCACUAAAGGCAAAUUAUGCCUGAAAAGUUUGGUGGCCUCCUAUGGCAGGCUUACAGCAAUGGUGGAUAAGGGAAGAGCAAGUGAUGUCAUCUAGCUGGAUAUGCACAACAUCCUUGUCUCUAAACUGGAGAGAAAUGGGCCUGAGUGAUGGAUUACACAAUGGUAAGGAAUUAAAGGCUUGUGAACAACAGCUCAAGGUUUAAGGUCUCUUCCAAUCCAAACCAUUCUAUAAUUCUAUGGCUUAUGGUUUCAAAUGCAGUAAAUUAAUAAAUACAAACAGAAGUUUGGUGUAAAGGGGAAAGCUCAUAAUUCAGGACUUAAUUCAAUGUUGUCUUAUAAAGGGAUAAGAUGAAAAUCUGAUGAGGCAGACUAUGCCAGAUCUGCAUAUUGCUUCUACCUUCCUCAAAAGCACCCACGGAUGGUAAUUUCAGAUUAAAAAAUACCAGAGUUGAAAGAUGGCAGUGUUUCAUACGUUAUAGGCUUUGUUUUUUCUGGGUCAGGCACAAAAAUGAUGUGACUCAAUAGGAAAGAAUUUGAGAUAUAUCAUGCAGAGAUUGCAGACCUCGGAGCAUUCUGCUGUUUUCACUCUGUUAGUGUAGACAUAAGCUCCAUGCUUUGUUAGCAGGAAUUACAAUUGAAUGAGAUAUGCUAGCAAACAUAUUUAUGGGCAACUUUUGGCUCACUGCACAGGCUGCCUAACAGUUUUUUAUUUUGAUUCUGUUUGACAUUAUGGAGAUAUAUUGUAUGGUAAAUGUGGGAUUAAUUACAUACUCAAGCAUUAUGGAAUGCUAAAAGUGCUGCAGUUUUCUAAAAUUAUCACAGAAUAUUACCUGUAGAAGAGCCAACACACUUCCACAGAUUUCUCUUCUGGCUAAGAUCCAUAUUCAUUCAAAUAUGGAAACUGGCUAACAGCUUACUUUAUCCAUUUCCUAAUGCUCUACCAAGAAGGUCACUUAAUAUAUUGUUCUUUCAUCAUAUUGCCAUCUGAUUUGAUUGAAUAGCAGAUUCUAAGUUAUCUUCCUAAAUCUUUCAGUGUAUGUAUAUUUGUAUCCAGUGAAGUAGCCUACAGGUCUCUUGAGUAAUCAGGCCUUCCAGUGGCAACUCAGAAAGGACAAGAAGAAACAGGGCAUUUAUUCACGGGUGUGUCGAAGAGUCUGGUGUGAAUGUGGAAGAGGAGGGUGUGUUUGUGUGAAGGGAGUCAACCAGCCCUAGAAGUACAGGGUGUGGUUGGGACUGAGACUGUAUAACGGGUAAGCUGACAUGGUUCAUCUGUCCGAACACAGCACGGCAAGGCUGAGAUGAGUGAAUCUCAGUGCUGAAUGUACAUCCAGAAGUGCAGAUGGCUCCACAGACUGGCUCCACAGAAAAGGAAAGGAAACCUGUUUCAACCUUUCUACAGCUUUUCACUUGGGAAGAGGUCAGAAUCCGCAACGGCCGUGGUCCAAGUAAGGAGCAGUGGCUGGUGAUUGACAGGAAUGUUUACGAUGUCAGCAAUUUUUCCGGACGGCACCCUGGAGGCAGCCGGGUUAUUGGCCACUAUGCCGGACAAGAUGCAACGGAUGCCUUUGUAGCAUUUCACAGUGAUAAGGCUCUGGUGAAGAAAUACUUGAAGUCUCUGCUGAUCGGGGAACUGGCACCAGAUCAGCCCAGCUUUGAGACCAACAAAAAGAAAUCACUUUUAGAAGACUUCCGUGAGCUGCGCUGCACUGUUGAGAAGAUGGGACUUCUGAAUCCAGAUUCCACUUUUUUCUCCCUGAUUUUCCUUCACCUCCUGGUACUGGAUGCUGCAUCCUGGCUGACAGUCUGGUACUUCGGGAUAUCAUUAGUGCCCUUCAUUGUUGGCAUGGCAUUCUUCACUGUUGCUCAGAUCCAGAUGGGCUGGUUCCAACACGAUCUGGGGCACUGCUCUGUCUUUAGGAAGCCUAAAUGGAACCAUCUGCUGCAGAUCAUUGUGAUAAAUACCCUGAAGGGUUUACCUGCCAGCUGGUGGAAUCAUCUGCACAAUCAGCACCAUGCCAAACCCAACUGCUUCCGCAAAGACCCUGAUCUCAACAUGCACCCUCUCCUGUUCAGCUUGGGAAAGACACUCUCUGUAGAGCUUGGAAAAAAGAAGAAGAAGUUCAUGCCUUACAAUUAUCAGCAUAAGUAUUUCAGCUUAUUGGCCCCACUUGCACUUGUACCCUUCUUCCAACUGUCCAUAUUCUACUUUGCAAUCAGGAAGAAAAAGUGGUUGGAACUGUUAUUGGUGGUGUUUUACAACAUCCGAGUCUGCCUUAUGUAUAUUCCUUUAAUGGGAUUUAACAAUUUUAUGGUGUACUACUGGAUGUCCAGAUACCUAGAGAGUACAUGGUUUAUUUGGGUCACGCAGAUGAACCACAUUCCAAUGCACAUUGAUUAUGACAAGAACAAAGACUGGGUAUCUACUCAGCUCCAUGCAACAUGUAAUGUGAACCAAUCUUUGUUCAAUGACUGGUUCACCGGGCACUUGAACUUCCAAAUUGAGCACCACCUUUUUCCCACGAUGCCUCGACACAACUACUGGAAAGCAGCUCCUUUGGUGAAAGCCCUUUGUGAUAAGCACGGCAUUGAGUAUAAAAGCAAGACUUUACUCAGAGCUUUUGUAGAUAUUUUGAACUCACUGAAAGAGUCAGGGGAAUACUGGCUUGAAGCCUAUCUGCAUGGAUAGAUGCUGGCAGCUCUUGAAGGGUUCUUCUUCACCAGACAACUGCUGCAAAGAGUCAGCACAAAUCAACAGAGUGUUUAUGGCUUCUGACAUAGAAACUUGGGAACUGGGUGAAGCUAAUUGCAGUGAGAAUAAUGGGUGGGGAAGUGGAUUAAAGAUAUAUUUUUUUCAUUGUUCUGAACCACGAUAUCUCUAUUUUUUGCUGCUCUCAAACUCAGUAUUCAGAGCCAUGACAAACUGGGCCUUUAAAUUAGGGAGUCGUAGCCCUUGAAUCAGCUGGAUCAAUUUACUGUGUAGGUGGGGCUUAAAACACCUCAGCUCCUUUAUUAUGGGAAAAGUUUAAACUGCAAUUCUUAGCAUUUUUUGUUUAAUGGCUCAGUGAAAAUGGAAUUAGAUAAAGCAAACUGCAGGAAGUCAGAACACAUUAGGAUGGGAGGACCUUCAUGGGAUAUUCCAAGAUUGGUAAGUAUGCAAAGAACAAGAUGGCCUGCAGUAUGUUGUUGUCUCUAGUGAUCGUAUGUACACCGCUUUCUCUUACUAGUUAACUGAAGUGUUAUAACUUGUGCUGUUCGUGAAAUGCAUGGGGAAGUAGAUAACUGGAUGCUCCAUUUUACUUCUCUAAGACAUAAUUUGAAUAUGGUCCAAAAAGUCUGUAUAGUAUGUAUAACUUAUAUGUAUAAAUAUAUAUAUUUAAUUGUGUACUGUCUGAUUAGCUUUCUGAUUUGAUGUGUUAUGUGUCUUUGCUGAUGUUAGACCAGUUUAAAACUCUUAGCUUCAGUAGAUCAACUUUGAAUGAGCAUUAGAAAUGUAGGCAUCGGGAGUGAGUCACAAGGGUUUAUAGGGUUAUGUAAUUCCGUGCAGUCCUCUCUGGCCUUUACGAAUUUUUUUCCUCCAUUUCAGCAUCCCAAAGAACUAACUCUUACAGGUUUUGUACCUUCAAGCUGUUUGGCCCCUCCAAGAAGGAGGGGAAGGACCUAGCCCCUCCAUACUUAAGGUUCUGCAAAGCUGCUUCUAGUGGAAAGCGUGAUGACUAUAAGGCAUAGUAGGUCUCCUU